AUGGCUAAACAGACAGAUAUGUUUGUCCUGUUCUUCGUCUGUCUGUCCUUGCUGGUCCAGUCUACGACAGCGAUGAUAUUAUGGACGGCGUACGUGGGGAUACAUUUCUAUGACAGCAGCACUAACCAGACGGAGACCAGGUUCUGUGAGUGUGGGUGGUACGGGCGUUCCUCCCCUCUAGAGAGUGCUGCCGGGAUGGUGGUCCUCCCUGCCUCAGACCCCCAGGGGUGCAGCCUGAACCCCUACCCCUCCAACGACAACACCACCUCCCAGGGGCCCUGGAUCGCUCUGGUCAAGAGGGGAAACUGUACCUUCAGUGAGAAGAUCAAGGCAGCGUGGGCCAGGGGGGCAGCGGCCGUAGUGGUCUAUAACCUGGACGGGACCGGUAACAGCUCAGAUUACAUGAGUCACAGCAACACCCCUGGCACCGUGGCCAUUAUGAUCGGUAACCUCCAGGGGGUAGAGAUCGCCAACAUAGUGCGGGGCGGUCUGGCCGUCUCCAUGGUGAUCGAGGUGGGCAAAGCCCAUGGGCCCUGGAUGGACACCUAUUGGCUCUACUUCCUGUCUAUUGCCUUCUUCAUCAUGACGGGCGCCUCCAUUGUCUACUUCGGGUUUGUCUCCGCCCACCGACUGCACAGUCUCAGGGCGAUCCGUCACGCCGAUCGGCGGUUGAGGAAUGAGGCCAAGAAAGCGAUUGGUCGACUGGAGGUGCGUACGCUGAAGCGCGGGGACGAGGAGACAAAGUCGGACAGCCACACCUGUGCCGUGUGUAUCGAGUCGUACCGCCCAGGAGAUGUAGUGACCGUUCUGACCUGUGGUCAUCUGUUCCACAAGGCUUGUAUCGAGCCCUGGCUGCUGGACAAGAGGACCUGCCCCAUGUGUAAGGCUGACAUCCUGAAGGCCUUAGGAGUGGAGGAGGAGAGCAGCAGUUCCUCUAUCCCACCACCAGAUGUCCCUAUCGUCACAGUGUCUGGAGGAUCAGGCGGAGAGCUGCUGUAUGAGGUCCCUCUCAACAACAAACAUCCACCGACCCCCACCCUGACCCCUCGACCCCCCACCGAGGCCUGGCAACCACAUCACUAUGACAAUAUGGCCUUCGAGGGAGAGACACGCCAUCAGGGGAACGUGGCCACCAGAGGAUAA